AUGGGUUCAUAUGAAAGGAGCGGUGGCGGGGCGGCGAUCCAGCCGGAAGUGGAGAUGCGCGCCGCAGAGUUCGUCGUCGUCCAAGGACCAGCGGGAGAGAAGGGGCAGACGAAGGGGGAGCAUCGCGAGAAAAGGUUCCUGGAUUUCCUGAGAGCUCGUCCCUCCAGGGAAUGGCUCCUCAAGUUCGGCUUCUCAGGGAAGCUCGGGGCUCUCUCGUUCCCCCGUCGGAGACAGAAUUCCGCCGACGAGUCUUCCCGGGAAGGGUCGGGUCCCACUCCGGCGCCUUCCCGGCGUCGAUACUUCCGGGUAUCGUUCGUCAGGAAGAUUGAUUGGAACGCUCUGAAAAUUUAUGCGAAGAAAUGGAUCAAGGACCCACUGAACAUGGCUCUCCUGGUCUGGUUGGCCGCCGUCGUCGUCGUCUUCGCCACCAUGAUGUUCAUCUCGAUUGGGCUGCUCAACAGCACCAUCCCGGAGAGCUCCCAGAGGAAGAACUGGGUGGAGGUCUGUAACCAGAUCCUGAACGCGCUCUUCACCAUCAUGUGCGUCUACCAGUACCCGAAGCUCCUCCACCACCUGGUGCUCGUCCUCCGCUGGACCUUCGAGGACGCGGCGGCGCUGCGGCGGUCCUACUCCAAGAAAGGAAUCGUUCGGCCACACGAGCGCCUGCACAUAGCCUUCGUGCUGUUUCUCCUCCAUUUGACUUGCUUCGCGCAGUUCGCUCUCUGCGGGCUCUACUGGGGUUACAGCAGGUCCUCCCGCCCAGACUACGCGGUGAACAUCUGCUUCUGCGCGGGGAUCAUCGCCCCCAUCGUCGCCGCCGUGUACACUCUCUACGGGCCCCUCGGGAGGAAGAUCAAGGCCAUCUCCGACGAGGAAUCACAGAGCCAGUUGACGGAGGUGGCUGACAUGGCAGAGAAGCUGAAAGUGAAGUUGAACGAGAGCCGGAUAGUGGUGACGAGACCGGAGUGGGUAGGCGGGCUCUUCGACUGCUGGGACGACAUGACGGUGGCCUACCUCUCCUUCUUCUGCACCUUCUGCGUGUUCGGGUGGAACAUGGAGAGGCUAGGGUUCGGGAACAUGUACGUCCACAUCUUCACCUUCGUACUCCUGAUCGUGACGCCCUUCUGGGUCUUCAACGUCGCCGGCCUCAACAUCGCUGACCACGGCGUCCGGGAGGCGGUGGGGAUCGUCGGCAUCCUGCUCUGCUUCCUCGGUCUCCUCUACGGCGGUUUCUGGCGGAUCCAGAUGAGGAAGAAGUUCAAGCUCCCCUCGAACUACUUCUGCUGGGGCUACCCCAACCUCACCGACUUCAUGCAGUGGCUCUUUUGCUGGUCCUGCGCUCUGGCCCAAGAAGUGCGCACCGGCAACUUCUACGACAUCGAGGAGGGCAGCUUCUACAGCAAGAACUCCUCCUCAUUGGACGAAGAGACGGAAGAGGAAGAGGGCGUACCGCCGUCCUUGCACCCUCUUCCCCGCGAAGGCGGCUCGAUGCCGGCGAUUGAGGGGGCCUUCGUCGUCCCCCGAUCUCCUGGGCUCACGACGGAAUCUCCGACGGACGCGAUGGCUCCCCCUAUUCCGCCAUCGAUAGAGCAAGCCGUCUCGGGCAACCAGGCCACAUGA